AUGCAGCCAGAAGAGCAGAUAGCCUCCCGCGAAAUCUACGACGGCAAAAUCAUCAAGGUCCGCGUUGACGAUAUACUCAUGCGAAGCGGCACGAAGUCCGUCCGUGAGGUCGUUGACCAUGCCAAUGCCGUCGUCAUCGCGCCCAUAGACGCCGAUGACAAUGUGCUGCUCGUGCGCCAGUACCGCUACGCAGCGGGCCAGUCUCUUCUCGAAGCCCCCGCAGGUCUGAUCGAGGAAGGCGAAGACCCCGACGACUGCGCCCAGCGCGAACUCGCCGAAGAGAUAGGCUACGCGUCCCGCAACCUCCGCAUCCUCGGCGGCUUCUGGUCGUCCCCAGGCUUCUGCACCGAAUUCAUGUACGCCUAUCUGGCCAAAGACCUCGUGCCGCGCAGCCUGCAGGCAGACGACGACGAAGAUAUCCAGGUCGAAAAAGUCCCUCUAUCCCGCAUUCCUCAGCUCAUAAGACUCGGCGAAAUCCAGGACGCCAAGAGCAUCGCCGCCCUCCUCAUGGCAACCUGUAUCUUCGACGCCUAA